AGAAAUAACAUAUCCGGGAAGCACAGUAGCUCAGGGAACGUUGGAGAGCAAACAUGGGUACUCUGCUCAAGUGCUACAGACCCUUCUUCUCAACUCGGACGCUUCAACUCGGAACGCACUGUUUCAACAACCCCAAAAGGAGAAUCCGCUGCCUGAGUACUACUACCACUACUUCUUCAAGCCACUCCCAGCCGUCGAUUGAUGUCGCCACCAAAUCGGAGAGUCCAGCGUCGUCGGAGCUCUGGCUGCACAACACAAUGAGCAGGAAGAAGGAGCUCUUUAAGCCCAAAAUUGAAGGCAAAGUGGGCAUGUACGUCUGUGGAGUCACAGCUUACGAUCUUAGCCAUAUCGGCCACGCUCGCGUCUACGUCACUUUCGAUGUUCUCUACAGAUAUCUUAGGCAUUUGGGCUAUCAAGUCACUUAUGUUCGAAAUUUCACCGACGUUGAUGACAAAAUAAUUGCUAGAGCAAAUGAAUUGGGGGAGGAUCCAAUCAGUUUGAGUAGACGUUACUGUGAGGAGUUCAAUCGAGAUAUGGAGUAUCUCCAUUGCCUGCCUCCUUCUGUGGAACCACGAGUGUCUGAUCACAUGCCACAGAUCAUUGAUAUGAUUAAGCAGAUUAUUGAAAAUGGACAUGCCUAUGGAGUUGAUGGGGAUGUGUAUUUCAGUGUUGACAAGUUCCCAGAUUAUGGACGUCUAUCUGGGCGAAAAUUAGAAGAUAAUCGAGCCGGUGAGCGAGUCACUGUUGAUUCAAGGAAGAAAAAUCCUGCUGAUUUUGCUUUAUGGAAGUCUGCAAAGGAAGGUGAACCCUUCUGGGACAGUCCAUGGGGCCCUGGAAGACCUGGUUGGCAUAUCGAGUGCAGUGCCAUGAGUGCUGCUUAUUUGGGUUACUCUUUUGACAUACAUGGUGGAGGGAUGGACCUUGUAUUUCCCCACCAUGAGAAUGAAAUUGCUCAGAGUUGUGCUGCAUGUAAACAAAGUGAUAUAAGCUACUGGAUACACAAUGGUUUUGUCACUAUAGACUCCGAGAAAAUGUCGAAAUCCCUAGGGAACUUCUUUACAAUUCGGCAGGUUAUAGACCUAUACCAUCCAUUGGCUUUGCGACUUUUCUUAUUAGGGACCCAUUAUCAGUCUCCAAUCAACUACUCUGAUGUGCAGCUUGAAAGCACUUCAGAGCGGAUCUUCUACAUAUUUCAGACUUUAUAUGAUUGUGAAAGUGUCGUAAGCCAGCAUGUUGUGCCAACCCUGAAGGAUACCAUUCCUCCUGAAAUAGUGGAAAGCAUCAAUAAGUUCUACAAUGUUUUUGUAACAUCAAUGUCAGAUGAUCUUCACAGUUCUGUUGUUUUUGGUGCAUUAUCAGACCCAUUAAAAACUAUGAAUGAUCUGCUACACACUCGCAAGGGCAAGAAGCAAGCAUUGAGGAUAGAGUCUCUUGCAGCUUUGGAAAAGAUUACCAGGAAUGCUUUAAGCAUUUUGGGAUUACUGCCUGCAAGUUACUCCGAGAUUCUGCAGCAGCUGAGAGAAAAAGCCUUGAAGCGUGCAAAAUUAACAGAAGAUCAAGUAUUGCAGAAAAUCGAGGAAAGAACUGCAGCAAGGAAGAACAAAGAGUACGAAAAAUCAGAUACAAUUCGAAAAAAUUUAGCUGCUGUGGGAAUCACUCUUAUGGACAACCCAGAUGGGACAACAUGGAGACCAGCUGUACCUCUUGCAAUUCAAGAGCAGCAGGUGGCAUCUCCUUGACUGGCUUCUGGUCAACAUAUGGUACGGAUUAGGUUUACUCUCUUCAGAAAUGAUUCGAAAAAAUAGGAUUUGUGAAUUCAUGUUCAGUUGUAAUAGCCAUGAGAAGAAAUUUUUUUAGCAUUUGAUGAAGUUUUGGCGGCCAUUUGUAAUUCCCAAUUCAAUGCUGUCAAUAAAUUUUGCCAUUAACUGUUGUCUUUAAAUUCAA